UCCAUUCCCAACGAAACGCGGGCAUCAGCUGAUUGCAAAAAUUACUUUGUUUUUGGAAAACUCGGAAAAUUGUAUCGCAACUUCCUUGGAAAAACAAUGGAUAAGCCCUCAACCAGCGCUGCUGCCGCUGCGGCACAAGAGUCAAACCUUCUUCCGGACUCCCCACAACACGGACCUACAUUGUCCAGCGCCUCCAGUUUCGAGGCACUGACGCGACACGACCCCAAUCUCAGUCGUCUGGCCACGAAAAUGUUCAACAAAACGGAGGAAUACAUAACCCACGAACUAAACGCUCCGCUGGAGGAUUACAAGCUGUUGGAGGAGAUGAACAAGGCCACGAUUGCCAAGUACAAGGACAUGCGGCAGAUUGCCGAGAAUCUGAACACAUCGACUAGUGAAUUGAGCAUCAAGUUCCAGCAAUUAGCUCCAAUGAUGCAGCAGAUCGAUGAGAUUUCCGACACCGUCGACAAAUUGGAGGCGGCGGCCUAUAAGCUGGACGCAUACAGCAUAGCCCUAGAAAAUCGCGUCAAGUGCGUGCUGCAGAGAAAAUCCGGAGGCGGCGGUCAAGUGGCACAAUAAGACUUCUCUAUUAAAAGGGCUGUAUGGUACACAUUUAUUACAUUAGAUUCUAUGUCAACCAAGUAAUAGUUUAAAUAUAAUCGCAAUUAUGUUAAGAAA